AUGUCAAGCCAAGACGACAUUUAUGAAAAAGAUAACAAUCUCGUCGAAAUCAUUUGCGAACUUAUUGAGACAGAAAAUCUCUCAGGACUGUUUGGCACCCUUAAAGAACUCGAAGAGCUCAGCCAUGAACAGUUUGUGUUCUUGACGCUUACAGCUUUUAAACGACUUCUGUGGAAUCAAAGGAUAGACGAGGCCCUCCACAUAUUCGACCUGUUUCCUUUUUUAUGCUUUUGCGACACUUAUAUUGAACAAAUGAUCGUCGAUUACCUUUUUGAAGUCGCCAGCCGUGGAGAAAUCAAACUCCUUAAGCAAAUAAUUGAUUCUUUUGGGACACCAGUCAACGUAUUAAACUCAUCAAAAUGCAAUUUGUUCGAGCAAGCUUCUUAUGCAGGACAAUAUGAAAUGAUGAGGGUUUUGAAAGAAGAAUUCGGCUUGACAAGUGACGAAAGCUGUUUAUUGGAAAGAGCGGCCAAACUUGAUAGGGCAGAUAUUCUCGAAUACCUUUGAAGAGAGGUAGGGAUUAAUCCUGGCCGUGGGGAAAUGCUGAUCAAGGCAGCGGUAAAAGGAGAGUCGAUCGAAUCGUUGAGUUUUAUUAGAUUUGGUAUGGGAAUUACAGAUUACAGAGAACAAGCAACGCUUGAGCUUGCACUGAGAAAUGCAGCGAUUCAGGGCUCAAUUGAAGUGCUCGAAUUUCUUAUCACAUAUUUUCGAAUGCUUUUUAAUCCGAAAAAAAUAUUGCCUUGAGGGGAAACUGAGCCAGCUCCAAAGUCUUGCUUGGUAAACACCUUUGUACGAGCGGCACAUAACGGAAACGCGGAAUUUUGCAGGUAUUGCUUUUAUAUUGUAAAACUUGAUUUUGCGACAAAUGAUCCGAAUAGCGAAUGGGCGAGCUACUUGAGACUUUUGCAAAUUGCUGUUAAAAAAGGUGACUUAAUUUUACUGAGAUGUCUGAUUGAGGAGCUGGGGAUUGAUAUGAAGCUGCUGCCAGAUUUUCAGCAAGACAGCCUUAUUUUUACUAUUUUAAAAAGGCCAGGAGACAAAAAAACAAAGAAAAUCUUAUUGGAUUAUGCAUUUGACUUUGAAAGUAAGGAGAAUAUAAAGUGUUUUAAGUGCAUGCUUGAUCCUGAUGAGUUGAAAUUAUUAGCAAAAGUCAAGCACAUGAAAAAUAGUGGAUAUUGAUACAAAAAAUUGAAAAACGAUAUGUAA